GCAAACGUUUAUUUUUGGUAGCAAUGAUAAUCUCAUGGUAUCAGUAUUGUCUAAGGCAACAACGAGGGCUAAGGCUAUUGUUUAUUAAGGUAUUAUUUUCUAUGACGGAAGAUUGACGUGGUAAAUGUCACCUUUGUUUUUAUAAUUUCGAGAAAACAGUUCUUAAACAGUUAACAUGUCCUUUGUAAAAAACGACAUCAAGGAAGUACUCGACGAAUAUGUUUUGCUAAAGAAAUCGGUGUCAGAAACAACUUCGGCUGUUGAUGUGUCUAUGUUUGGUGAAUCAAACGGCUUGGCGGAUGUUACGCUUGUUGUUGAAGGUCGCAGGAUUCCAGUUACCAAGGCCGUAUUGGCGUUUUCGUCCCCAGUUUUCCUGGCCAUGUUUCAAAGUGACUUCAAGGAGAAAGAGAAAUCUGAAAUACCCCUUCCUGACAAAAAGUUGCCUGCCUUCGUAAUGUUCCUAAGAUGUCUCUAUCCUAACAUCAUGGAGAAAGUGACAGCGGAAAGCGUUUAUGAUGUCAUCUAUCUCGCGAACGAAUACCAAACUGAACAUCUUAGAAUCGCAUGUGAGCAGGUUAUGGUGAAGGAACUGUUUAAAUGGGAGGAUCCUACUUCACCUGGCUGCUGUUUGGAGGUGUAUCGACAUCUAGCGAUAGCGGAAACAUGUCAACUUGAUGAAUUGCGAGCACGCUGUAUUGGUAUAGCAGCUGAGGCUACACAAAAAGAUAGAGAGUCAGCGGCAACGGUCUAUCCUAUUUCAGAAAAGAUGGAGAGGAUCGUUGAGAAACAAACAAUUAAAAAACAUGAAAUAAACACAGCAGAUUUAAAAGAUCUUCUUAACGGCUUUGGCGGAAAAAAAGGUCAAACUAUACAAAUGUAUAUUCAGGAAAAACUAAAUAUUCAGCCUGAAAACAAAACUUCUGGAAUAUUUGGAUCAACAAGGCCUAGUGGUGUUUUCAGUCAGAAACCUCCUUCGCCUGGAUUUGGAUUUGUUCUCAAUUCUACUAAAUGGUCAGAAAACCUACAAAAGUUACGAUGGGUGUAUCAAUAUGCAGAAACAUCUGGAAAGAUGAAGAAAGCAGCUAUCACACAAGUAAGAAAUGACAGGGAAGCGAAAGAAUGGAAAGCAGCUUGUCAAGAACAGUUUGAGCUUCUACCAGAAAAAAUCAAGCAUGAUAUAAGAGGGCGAGAGAUCAUGCAAUACUGAAACUUGGCUUUAAAAAGUUCUUUACAAAUGAUCGCUCUGCCAUAUAUAUACAUAUUUCAUGAUGGUUUCAUGGAAGUAGCCUGCAUGUCUGACAUAAAAAAUGGAUGCAUCUGAUGACGUUACUUCCACUAGUUCAGUAUAUUUUUUCGGCUAGUUAAUUAUAUAUAUAAACUUC